CGACAAAGGCUAGCACUCUGCAGGCGGCGCGGCGAAGCCUGGGGAGGUGAGACAGGCAAGGCUGGCAAGGAGACGUCACGUUCAAGCCCUCCUGAACCGCCUCAAUGGGACUUGCAAGACGUCUGGACUUGGAGCUGCAUUGUCUGUCGUGGUGCAAUGUUUUGUGAGGUCAGAGAGCGACCGCAGCGCGCUUUGAAGCGGCUGAGCACGUUGACUUCUAGGAGAAUCAGCAGCAACAAAAAAUUAGAAGACAUUCCUGGGCAGGCCUGUGCAAAAAAAUGCUCUCUCAAAGACUGAAGAGUCCACCUCCAGGCUCCAGGGAUUGGGACGAUCGUGGAAAAGACUGAUUACCUUGCUGUCCUGAAAUUGGUUCAAGGUCUAGGCUACACAGCUACAAAUGCGUCUGGCCGAAUUGUAGUCGAACCGCUCGUUGCUACAUCUGGUUGUUAAUCGAGUCAGCCCGCAGAGUGUCCUGCUAGUCUAGGCCCAAGCCGGAUCACGCAGAAUGGAGACAAAAGAAGCAACACGUUGAACCUGCUCAAACCCUGUGUUGUUACACGGUCAAAUCCACUUCCAGAAAAACUCAGAGUCUGAGAUGGAAGCCGGCACACCGGUGGGUGCGCCCACCAGUAUGGACAACCCUGGGUGGCGCAACCCUGACCAGAUUGCCCUGAGACACGCAAGCGGGAUUCCAGGGUUUCACGUGAGCUACGUGCAUGCGAGCACCUCGCUGUCAGACCCCCGGAGCAUCCGUGCGGUCUGCUUCCGGGACGGUCUGUUGUUGGGCGGGCUGUUCCUGGUGUCUCUGCUGAUCAACCUGCGGGUGGGAUGGCGACCUUGGAGGAUUUACAGUUGGGUGUACUCUCUGAACUGGCCCGCCUGUCUCGAGGGCGUCCUCCUCGGGACCAUCUGCGGCGCGACAGCUUUCAUUGCGUGGGCGGCCGUGAUCUCUCCCGUUGCCAUGUCACUCGCCUGGGGCGCGGAGCUGAUCCGGGUCAUCAAUCCUAACAGCAUCGGGUUAGCGGUGAUGAUGCCCGGAACAGCGCUUCUGCUCGCGCUGUACGCUCUCGGGCUAUGGUACAAGACCAAAUGGCAAAGCUCCCGCGCGGCGUCUGGCCUCCUGUUCGUUGCCGUCCUCCUGUUGUGCGCGUACGAGGUCGCGGCCGUUUACAUCAAUACUGGCAUCCGCAACUCCAGCAUACCUACCGAAAGCUCCGGCUACUUCUUUGGCAUCUCCGCCAUUGUUGUCGGGAUUGACCUCCUCCCCCUGAUCAAGAUGGUGUUCAGUGGUCCGGGCUUGAACGUGGACGAGUGGGUGACACAAGCAUACCUGUACGCGCGGACUCUGUCCAAGACGGGCGUGCUGCUCAAGUCCCAGUCCGGCCUCCUCCUAGAGGGCCAGCCCGCAGACCCGCCCCAGGUGCCCAACUGCGAGACCGACGCGCGCCUCAGGCGGAAGCGCAAGAACGACAAGCUGCUCUACAGCGCGUCCGCUCUCACUCUCCUCAUCUACUCAAUCGUCUACUAUUACACGGCGGACAAGGCCCGGUGGCUGGGGUUCAUCACCUCGACCGCGCUCAUCGUGCUCGACUGCGUGACCGGUUCGUUCCUGCUGCAAGCGGCCGAGUACGAGGCGUCGCUGCGCAAACCGCUGAAAGAGCGCAAGAGCAACAAGAUCCUGGUCAAGCCGCCGCUGAGGACCCCCGCGCAGGCGCUGCUCCUGGUCUGCGCGUACCGAUUGCUCCUCAUCAGCUUCGGGAUUAACUACUGGUUCCUCGGGCAUUGCCUCGCGUACGUCCUCGUCGGGUCGCUUCUCGCGAUCGCGGCCAUGAUGCGCUUCUUCCCCGUGGUCAGCGAGAGCGAGAUGCGGCGGCAGCUGUUCCGGGACACGAUCGAGAAGCUGCGCGGCGCGUUCCAGACGCCCACUCACAGCCAGGUCCUCUCCGGUCACUUGGCCACGAACUUGCACCGAGAACCGCCCAACAGACUGAGCUUCGUCCGCGAGAGCUCUCUCGAGGGCAGCUUUUCGGCCUCGUCUUCGGACCUAGAUUCGGUUGUCGGGGGCGCGCGGCGCAUGGGAAGUGGGAGUAGUUCUGGAGGGGAAAGGGAGAGAGUGGGGUUGAGGGAAGCGAAUAAGGUGAAGAGUGGGUUAGGGGCCCAAACCGGUCUGGGGCGGGUUUCGGAGGAUCGUGUGGGAGUGGAACGGGCGAGGGACGCGAGAGCCGUGGCGGUGGGGGCAAGCGGUCCAGGGGCGACUUCGGGUGGGGUUUUGAGGGAGGCGAAUAGAGUGAGCAGUGGGGGGGCCGAUCGGUACACGCUUCUACGGGGGGCGAAAGGGGGCGAGGUUGAGAUGGCGAGAGAUGGAGACUCUCCCCGACGCUGGUCGAGUGGGGGGAUCGACGAGGGGGGGCAUCUCGGAGAGCGUGAUGCAGCUUCUGGUGCGGGGGUGGGGACGAGCUACGGCAUGCCGAUGGCGCAAAACAUGACCCGGGGGGGGCAUCCGGGGUUUAGUUAUGCAAACCCGCUCAAUAACGGCGCAGUCGGGGGGCAAGAGCGCGGGCUUCAGUAUGAUAACGGCGGAGUGACGGUGGGGCAGAGCGGGUUAAGCUAUGGUUACCCAGUGCCCAACGGUGGGGUUUCGGCUUCUACGCAAGGAGUCCAGUAUGGUAACCCGGUGUUCGGCGGCGCGGUUAGGGGCGGACAGAACGGGGUUAGCAAGGUCGAUUCGCCGAGGGUUAAUGGCUGGCAGGAGAGCGAGUCCCCCAGGGCUUUCCCCGGGGGGUCCGAAAUAGCAUACAACACCACACCCCACAGCGGGGAGAUCCUGCCCGCCGAGCCUGCGAGUGUCAAGGAGAAGAAGCCCCCACAAGACCUGCUGCGCUUGACACUGGCCGAGGAGGCGAUGGUUGAGCAGGGCGACGCAGAGAAGCGGCGGCACGCGUGCGAGCAGCGGGUUAGGGGGGCGCUUUUGGCUGUGGCGGGGACCCCCGGAAAAGUGUGGGGCCUGCUGACGCUGCUGUUUGUGAUGGAGACGGUUCUCAUGGCGCUCUCGACGCACCCCAAAGUGGAGCUCAUCAAUGAUCCGCACGAGCAGUACGAGUUCGGCAUCGCGAGCCUACUCUUCACCUUCCUGGCCGCCGUGCUCACCGCCCACUGGCGCUCCCUCCGCCAGGCCGGAUUCCGCCCCUCGUGGGGCGUCGUCCUGGGCGGAAUCGGCGGAAUGGCCGUCUCGAUGGCCACGGGGCUCCUCCUCGCAUACCUGACCAACAGUUCGAUCAUCUUUGCGCUCGCGAUAACGCUCCCGUUCCUCGCGGCGUGUCUGUCGGUCGGCGGGCCGGUAUGGCUGGGGAACGGGUGCCAGUUCUUCGCCCCGAGGAAGGUGCCAAUGGAGGGGCAGCUCUUCAGUCUUGGGGGAUUGGCGGUCACUAAGAAGGACCUUCUCAUGGUUCUCGUGAUCCUCGUCAACAUCGGCUCGAUCGUCUGUAUGGGCGUGACCAUCGCCCGCGAGCCGCUCUCUCAUCCGCACGACCGCCUGUCUCGCAACAGCCCGUAUCAGCACGGGACGUACUACGGCUGGGCGAUCGCGGCGGGGACCGCUGUCUUCAUCUCUGCUGGACUGCCCAUCUACUCGUGGUUUACGACGUUCCGACUGUCCAAGUCGUCGGUCUUCUGUCUUGCCACGUGUCUAGCUGUCCUCCUGGCGUUCAGCGUCGGCUCCCACCUCGCGGUGCGCAACCACCGCGCCGAGCCCGGCGUGCACGAGGAUGACGUCGUCAUUGCGAUCCUUCCCGUCACGUGCAUCCCGGCGGUCCUGUGCCUGGGCGUCGGGCUCUUCAAGUGGCGGGACGAUUCGUGGCGGCUCUCGAAAGUGGUCAUAUACCUUGUCGCGUCCGGGGUGCUUCUGCUCCUCGCGUCGGCGAUCGCCAUCAUCGUGACGAUCAAGCUGUGGCUGAUCGGCGUUGCGAUGCUGCUGUUCUUGAUGCUCGUGGUGAUUGCCAUCACGAUGGCGUACCGUUGGGUGGGCAACAAGUUCCGGUUGGGCCGGUGGGAGCUGUGCUCCGGCAUCGCGGCCGCUCUCGUACUGGCGACACUUUCGUUCGGGGUCGGCUGGAAGUCAAAGUACCCCCUGGUCGGCGCCUCGGUCGGCUACUUCUCCCUCCUCAUCCUCUUCGCCGGCUGGGCCCUUUCCCGCCUCCUUGCUCCCUCCGCCAUCGUCUACUCGCCCCGAGUGCUCCCCAUAUUCACAUUCGACCCCGAACUAGACACGGCGGGAGAUCGGAGCAUGGCGUUCUUGGUUUUGUACCUCGUCGCGAUCAGCACCGCGACGUGGGGGGUCCUCGCGAGUGUGUGGAUCACCCCCCCGUACGCGGGAUCGGCGGUCUGCUCGCUGACGCUGGUGAUUGCGUACGCGUUUGCGGCGUCGAGGCCCCGAAUCACAGUCAAGAUGAUGGAGACUGCCCUCAUGUACCUUAGCGAAGAAGACAUCAAGCUCGCGAUCACCAAGGCCACCGAGAAGAUCCAGAAGACAGGCGCCAGCCGGGGCGCGCAGAGGGAUCCCCUUCCGGAGGGCGAUAUCAAGUGGCUGAGAAAGCAGCUGCGGAAGCAAGAACUAGCGGCGGGGCCGUGGCUGCGGCGGUCGUUCCGGCUCGGGCGGUCCGCCGGAGGGGGUCCCCUUUCGCGGCGCGGGUCUGGGAUCGACAAGGCGGAGGUGGAUCUGAGCUUAGAACAUCACAGGCUGACUGACGGCGAUGACAUCACCCUCCCCCGCUCGACGCGCAUGCACGCGCACAAGGAGAUCCUGCGCCUCGAGCGAGCAAUUGAUGACGAGUGGCUCACAAUGUGGGGGUCCUUCGGGGGGUACCUUCUGCUCACGAUCGGACUGUUUGCGGAGCGCGAGAAGAAGCAAGACGACGUGCGAUUGCGGCUGUUUCAGGACCAUCUGCGCGACCAGCACAAGUGCGACUUCUCGCUGGAGCAGAUGCGCAAGUGGUCGCGGGGCGGGCGGGAGAGGGCCAAGCUGCUGGAACUCGAGCGAGAAUUCUUCGAUUGGCAGCAGCGCAAGGAGGAGCGCAUCGCGCGGAAACGGGAGGAGGAGGCGCGUGGCAAGCAGAAGCGGCACGAGAAGCGCCGCGAGAUGUCGGCGGAGGCCGAGACCCGGAGGCUCGAGCGCGCCCGGAUGACGAAAGUCCCCGGGUGCGUGUGCAUUGAGCACUCAGAGCCCGCCUUUGGGGGGCGCUACGCGGGCGACAUUCCACCCCCCAUCGCGGAUCUCGUCACCGUAAGCUUGUCCGCGGCGGUCCGCAUCACGUCUCUGGCGCCCGACGAGCGCGCAGUUGUUCUCGGGACGUCCGGUCAGCGGCGGGGGGUGGGCCACUGUUUGGAGUUGAUACUGGUCGGGAGGGGGGGGCGCGGGGGGGCACGUGCGAUGCUCGGGCUAAGAGUUGUGUCGGAGCGACGGGACGGGAAGGACGUUCCCCCUCAGGAAUUCAUCUUCGAAGGCGACGGCGCGGUCGGUAUUGAGGACACAAAUUGGCACUGCGUCGCGCUCGUGCUCGACGCCGUCGCGGGUUCGGCGUCCGUGUACGUCGACGGCGAAGAAGACACGUGGCGCCGGGGAAUAUUCUUUCCGGACGGGCCUAGCGGGGUGUGGAAGACAACGGACGAGAUAUGGAUCGGGCAAGCGUGCCCGCUCGAUGCGAACCAGUACCACUGGACCCCCCGCGCCAACUUAGAGAUCAUGGACGUCUUCUUAUUCGACCACGCACUCAACGUGCGCGAAGCCUGGUUCGUACACAAGAGCACGGUCGUCGACGGAUACCAGGUCGUCGACGGCCCGCCGGAUGACGACAUCGGCGAGGGUGACGACAGCAUGACGCAGCCAGCGCCCCCGGUGGUGCCCAUGCAUGAGGCGAUGCUGGAUGCGAGGGGAGGCAGCUCUGGGAUCUACGGCAUGGGCCCGCGCAGCAUAAGCGACGGGCACGGCACCGCGACGCCGUCGCGCUACAGCCAGUCGGGGCCGCUGCGGCGGGGGGACUACUCGCGGGGGGACAGCGACGCGCGGCCGCUCAAGCGGCGAAAACCGUGGACCAGCAUGGAUGGGGACUUUGUGCGGAGGAAACUGCCCACGUUCGAAGAGGAAUCGGUCACAGACAUCAACGCCAAGAUGCGCGCAUACGAGAACAACAUUCGGAACGACCUCAAGCGCAUCAGCCCGAACCAGUGCUAUCACGACUUCGAAUUCCCCAGCAGCCCUCGUUCCAUCUUCAUCGAUCCCAACCAGCCGAACCCGCGUCUAGCAAAGCAGGUGGCGGAGAAAUGGAAGCGCCCAGAGGAGCUUUCGGAGCGGUGGCACGGUGGCCGCGCGCCGUGCCUCUUCCGGGGGAUUCCCCGCCCCGAGGACGUGCGGCAGGGGCUGCUCGGCGACUGCUGGUUCCUGUCGGCAGUCUCGGUGCUCGCCGAGCAACGGGACAUUCGGGAGGUGCUCAUCACCGAGCAGUACAACCGAGAGGGCAUCUACACCGUCCGAUUCAACAUCGAGGGCGCCUGGAAGCCCGUCGUCGUGGACGAUUAUUUGCCGUGCAAGAAGAAGAACGGCGGCGGCGAGCCCGCGUUCGCGACGAGCAACAAGCCGGGGGAGCUAUGGGUGUCGAUACUGGAGAAAGCGUAUGCGAAGCUGCACGGGUGUUACGAAGCGCUCGAGGGGGGCGUGGUUCAGGAUGCGCUUGUGGAUUUAACGGGCGGCGCGGGCGAGGAGAUCGACAUGGCGAGUCCGUCGUCCAAGAUUGAUCUGGCGAGCGGCAAGCUGUGGCGGCAGCUGGUGCGCUUCAAGGAGGCCAACUUCCUGCUGGGGGCGGGCAGCCCCUCCGGCUCCGAGGGGCUCCCGGAAGAAUCGGUCUCCGUCGCGGGCAUCGUGCAGGGGCACGCAUACUCGAUUCUAAGAGUUGUCGACGGGAGCGACGCGGACGGCCACAAGUUGUUGCAGAUCCGGAACCCGUGGGCCCGCGGGCGCGAGUGGAACGGGCCUUGGUCGGACACGUCCAAGGAGUGGACGGAACGGAUGAAGCACAAGCUCAACUACGACCCGAAACCGGAGGACGGCAUCUUUUGGAUGGCGUGGGCCGAUUUCCAGGAGCACUUCCACUCCAUCUACGUGUGCCGCAUUUAUGACCCCAAGAUGCGCCACAUCGUAAAGGGCGAGUGGAAAGGCCGCACCGCGGGGGGGUGCUCCAACUUCCCCAACUGGCACCACAACCCGCAGUACCUGUUGAAAACGGAUGACCCCGGCCCGAUGCACGUGUUCAUGACGCUGACGCAAGGCCCGCACAAGCAGAACCCGCGGAGCGAGGCGUAUAGCGAAUACACGACGAGCGCGGAUCGGGACCACUACUUUAUCGGGAUGCGCGUGCUGAAGAAAGGGGGCAUGCCCGCGAGCAAAGACUUGUACGCGUUCGAGACCGUCGGGGGCAGCGACUAUGUAAAUACGCGGGAGGUCGCCUGCGAGAUGGUGUUGGAGCACUACGCGCCAGGCUAUACGGUCGUCCCGACGACGUAUCGGGCGGGCGAGGAGUGCACGUUCACGUUGUCGGUCUUUACGAAACACAAUAUCAGGUUAACCCCCCUCCAGAUGUAGUAUACCGUUUUGUUAGGGUAAGGCUAGAAAGUAUGGAUCACUAAGCCCGCACCAAAUCGAGCAGAUAGUAUUCGGGCAAGAAUCUCAAAAGGCAGCCAAGCCGUUGGCGGUACCAUCAACCGUCCAAGAACGAGCUUUAUUGGAUUCGAACCACUGUAGGACAAGUUUGCCCGGGCCCACCUAUUAUAUGGUCCACAUGGCUGCCCGCCUAGUUGGACAUUGGAUUCCGCGCCGCAUGCCAACGCUUACGCACAGAACUUCAGACGAUGUGGGUGGAACGUUGAUGCAUGUUGCAUUCUGGAAUCUGCCACCCGGCAGCCUAAGUUGCUGGUUGAAAGGUCCGAAUGCACCGUGCAUUCGGGCAGGUCGGGCAGGUCCGGCAGGUCCGGCAUUCGGGCAGGUCCCGUGGCACGUACGCAAUUGACGACAAUCGAAAGGGUCAAUCAGCCCCCAGCUGAGCCCUGAGGGAGCUAGCUUGUUAGUAAGCUUCCGACAAGAUAUGGCCGGAACUAAGAGAGUACCCGGAACAUGAUAUCAACGUCACUGGCCGGUUGUAGUAAUUCAUACAGUCAG